UACGGGUUAGGGUUUUAGAACACAAGAAACUACGGGUUAGUCAACAGUCGUCAGUCUUCUCUUCAGUUAAUGAAAAGUCACAGACCUCCGCCCUCUGUCCUCCGCCCUCUGUCCUCCGCCCUCCGCCCUCCGCGCUCCGCCCUCCGCCCUCCGCCAUCUCCUACGCCACAGACCCACACCAGUUGAUUUAGGUUCUUUCGCCGUCACACCCAUCAGAUCUUUGAUUUUCAUCGACAAUCGCUUCAAAACAGUUCGAUUAAGAAGAAAUUUCACCUUCUGGCGAAAGUUGCAGGUAUGUCAAACAACUCGGAAUUUGAACAACAUAGUGUAGAAGGGGAACAUGAGGAUGAAGGCAAUUCAUAUAGUUCGGGUAAACAUCGUUCUUAUGUUUGGGACUAUUUUGACCCAUUACCGGUUGCACCCAAUGGGGACAAAAAAGCAAAAUGCAGUGCUUGCGGACAGGUGUAUGUUACGAAUGCAAGCUCGGGAACAUCUAACUUAAGACGGCAUAUCCCUAAGUGUUUUGAUAUUGAUCAGUCUGGUCCGGCGAAAAAACAAAGACGCGCCCCUUUAGAUCAAGCGAUGUACAGGGAGAUGUUGGCGAUUUCAAUUAUCAAACAUAACUACCCUUUCAGCUAUGUUGAACAUGAGGAAACAAGAAAGUUGCACAAAUUUCUACACGGUGAUGUGAAAUUCAUAACAAGAAAUACUGCAAAGGCGGAUGUCUUAAAAAUAUACGAGCGAGAGAAGAUGAUUAUUAAAGACAAGUUAGAAAAGGUAACCGGUAGGAUAUGCUUGACUUCUGAUUUAUGGAGUUCGAUCACGACAGAUGGAUUUAUGGCAUUAACAGCUCAUUAUGUUGAUGAGAACUGGAAUCUAAGGAAAAAAGUGCUAAACUUUAGAGUUAUACCCCCUCCACACAGUGGUUCCAUUUUAGCAGAGCACUUGAUCAAUUUUUUAGCAGAAUGGGGCAUCGAGAAAAAAGUUUUUACCAUCACACUAGACAAUGCAAAAUACAAUGACAUAUUAGUAGAUCGUUUGAAAGGUCAUUUGCGUUUGAAUAACGCAUUAGUGUGUGAUGGAGAUUUUACUCAUGUGCGUUGUUCAGCGCACGUGCUAAAUCUUAUCGUUCAAGCCGGAUUGAAAGCAAUUGAAGGGGCCAUUGAAAAGGUUCGAGAGUCGGUGAAAUAUGUGAGAGCAAGCGCUGCUAGGAAGUAUAAGUUUGCGGAAUGCAUACAAAUGCUUUCACUACAAUGUGGGAAGCAUGUUCGUCAAGAUAUUGUAACGAGAUGGAACUCUACAUAUCUUAUGCUUGAUUGUGCAUUAGCUUAUCGACGGGCUUAUACUCGGUUAGCCUUAGUUGAUUCAGUUUUUAAAACUUCUCCGUCAGAAGAGGAAUGGGCAAGGGUGGAAAUAAUCACACGACUUUUGAAACCUUUUUAUGAAAUAGUAACAGGACAGGGGCACUCCGUUAUAUCAUCACGGAAAGAAAGUUCCACGCGUUAUUUCCCACCGCCGCUGCAAAAGUCCACGCGUUAAUCUUCCACGAAAUCAAUUUUCGUUAUUUUCUUCACGGCCGUGAUAGUUUUUUUUUUUUGUGAGGGUAAUUAUUGGUUGGGGGGAAAUUGUUGGGUGUGGUGGUGAGUGAUGACCACCCCCACUAAAAAAAGGUUGUGAGUGAUGGAAAAAUGGUCACUGACAUGGCGGAACAUGAUUGGAUAUUGUGAGUGAUAGAAUUCUAUCACUAGUGACCACCCCCCUCCCCUAAGUGAGCGAUCAAGCUUUAUGGUUCUUUAACUAAAGUUACUUGCAACUAGGGGAAAGAAUGUUCUUUAACUAAAGCAUAAAUUACUCAUA